GCCCUCCGCGAGGGCGCCGGGCCGCCGGGGGCGGAGGGGCAAAAUCAGAGUGUAGGGGCGGGGUAGGGCUGGCUAUGGAGACGUGGGCGAACGGCGCAGAGCUGCUCGCGGACUCGCGAGGCAUCGGGGACGCGACACAGCGGCGAUGGGCACAGCAGGCAGCGGCCGGCCCAGAGAGCAUCAUGGCAGAGCAGGUGGCCCUGAGCCGGACCCAAGUGUGCGGGAUCCUGCGGGAAGAGCUGUACCAGGGUGAUGCCUUCCAUCAGUCCGAUACACAUAUCUUCAUCAUCAUGGGUGCAUCGGGUGACCUGGCCAAGAAGAAGAUCUACCCCACCAUCUGGUGGCUGUUCCGGGAUGGCCUUCUGCCCGAGUUCACCUUCAUCGUGGGCUAUGCCCGCUCCCGCCUCACGGUGGCAGACAUCCGCAAGCAGAGCGAGCCCUUCUUCAAAGUCACCCCAGAGGAGAAGCCCAAGCUGGAGGAGUUCUUUGCCCGCAACUCCUAUGUGGCUGGCCAGUAUGACGACACAGCCUCCUAUGAGCGUCUCGAUAGCCACAUAAACUCCCUCCACCAGGGGACACAGGCCAACCGCCUCUUCUACUUGGCCUUGCCCCCCACUGUCUAUGAGGCCGUCACCAAGAACAUCCGAGAGACCUGCAUGAGCCAGACAGGCUGGAACCGCAUCAUCGUGGAGAAGCCCUUCGGAAGGGACCUGCAGAGCUCCGACCGCCUGUCCAACCACAUCUCCUCCCUGUUCCGCGAGGACCAGAUCUAUCGCAUCGACCACUACCUGGGCAAGGAGAUGGUGCAGAAUCUCAUGGUGCUCAGGUUUGCCAACAGGAUCUUCGGCCCCAUCUGGAACCGGGACAACGUCGCCUGCGUCAUCCUCACCUUCAAGGAGCCCUUUGGCACUGAAGGCCGUGGGGGCUACUUCGAUGAAUUUGGGAUCAUCCGGGACGUGAUGCAAAACCACCUCCUGCAGAUGCUGUGUCUGGUGGCCAUGGAGAAGCCCGCCUCUACUGACUCGGACGAUGUCCGCGACGAGAAGGUCAAGGUAUUGAAAUGUAUCUCCGAGGUAAAGGCGAACAACGUGGUCUUGGGCCAGUACGUGGGGAACCCCAGUGGAGAGGGUGAGGCCACCAAAGGGUACCUGGAUGACCCCACAGUGCCCCACGGGUCCACCACUGCCACCUUCGCAGCUGUCGUCCUCUAUGUGGAGAACGAGAGGUGGGAAGGUGUGCCCUUCAUUUUGCGCUGCGGCAAAGCCCUGAAUGAGCGCAAGGCCGAGGUGCGUCUGCAGUUCCGAGACGUGGCUGGCGACAUCUUCCAGCAGCAGUGCAAGCGCAACGAGCUGGUGAUCCGCGUGCAGCCCAAUGAGGCUGUGUACACGAAGAUGAUGACCAAGAAGCCCGGCAUGUUCUUCAACCCCGAGGAGUCGGAGCUGGACCUGACCUAUGGCAACAGAUACAAGAAUGUGAAGCUCCCCGACGCGUACGAGCGCCUCAUCCUGGACGUCUUCUGUGGGAGCCAGAUGCACUUCGUGCGCAGUGACGAGCUCCGGGAGGCCUGGCGCAUCUUCACACCGCUGCUGCACCAGAUUGAGCGUGAGAAGCCCCAGCCCAUCCCCUACGUUUAUGGCAGCCGAGGCCCAGCGGAGGCAGACGAGUUGAUGAAGAGAGUGGGCUUCCAGUACGAGGGCACCUACAAGUGGGUGAACCCCCACAAGCUCUAAGCCUGGCACCCCCAGCCACCCCCCGUCUGUCUCUGCCCUCCCCACCCUCCCACCACCUGACCCCACAUCGGGAGGACUUCGGGACCAUAGGCCUCAGCCUCACAUUCCUGGCCCCAGGCCCAACUACAUUCCUCAAGCACUUGACUCUCGUCCUGUGACGUCCCCAUCCGUCACUGGCCCUGCCUGAGCCAGCUUCUGUCCACAGACUGAGCCCCAACAGAAAAGAGAAGAGGGCCCUUCCAUCUCUCCCAGGCGCCUCAGCCUAGGACAGGAGUUAGGGCCGAGGGGGAGGAGCGAUGGGUGGGCCAGCUCCUCAGAACCUGGGGAGGGGCGCAAGCGUGUCCACUCCACAUUCCUGGUCACCCACUGGAGGGGAAUCCUGUGCUGCCUAGCAGUCCCCCACGUCUUGGGCCCCCUGAAUGUCCAUCUGCCCCACCAGCCCAACUCUGCAUUCCAUAGUCCACUCCAACCACAGGUGCCCCCUCGCUAUUAGAAAGGGAGAAGCAGCAGGUGGGACACUCCGCCUCAGCCCCCUGCCAUUAAAUCCACGAACAGA